GGCCUUGUCCUGAGCCCGAUCCCGAGGAGCUGAGCGCCUUCACAGAUCUGUACGGAUCACUGAAGUUCCUGCUGAAUUUUCAGAUGAAAAAUCCAGGACUUUACUCAUCCAAAUGGCAGGCUCAUGUUAAAGCGUUUCUUCAGACGUUCUGUUUGACCAAUGCCGGGAUAAGAAUCCAACUAAAAUUUAAAAUCCAUGGACAGAAAUCACAACAUGACUUUAGCGCUUUCCUCAUAAGUAAAGUUGCUCUUUCAGUCCGACCACCUAUGAUCUUGGACGUCACUUGUUCUGCACAACCAUGGUGCGAUCAGAGAGGAUCGUGGUGUCAGAAAGGACAUCCUGUUGUCGGAGAACGGUUUCCUCUCAGCAUCCCACCCAAAGCCAUGGACCAGGGCCUGUUCGGAGAGCUCAGUGUCCAGAUUGUUACGCUGCUGAGCCCCUGUGUGCUGCAGUACCCCCAUUUGCCUACGGAGCUAUCUCGCAUGCAAAUAUCCUUUUGUCUGGUUCUGGUUUUCAGCCCCAGUAACAUCCCUGUUUCAGCUCCGUCUGGUUUCUUCCAAACCCUUCCUGUUGCCUUGGACUACCAGCAUCUGGGGCUGGACAGAAUGCACUGCCGCUCCUCCGAAGCGUCCCCUGAUGAUCCUGUGCACGGUGAUGGUGUUGUGUUCACUGUGGGGCAGGAAAACUGGGACGAUCCAGAGCAGGAACCCAGUCACCUCCCAGUUCAGCAGAGUCUCCUACUCCUGCUCUUCUUACAGCAUAGUGACCCCUUCACCUCUGAGCUCACAGAUAAAAUGGAUUGUGAAUUGUUGUUAGAGCUCCAUCUAGAGGACAUUCUGAGCAACAACAGGCAGGCCGUCACAUCAGCUCUGCAGGCUGAACUUUUCAACACAAUGAAGGCUUUAAAAGAAAGAAAAAAGAUUAUCUCAAAAUAG